AAACCAUGCCAACUCUUUGUCACAUUUCAUUGUUUUCCUCUCAUUCUCUCCUCUGCUUUCUUCUUUCUUGUCAAAUUUCACUCCUAAAACCCACGAAAUUCCUGCUUCUUUGGAAAUAUAAUAUACAUUUCCCAAAAAAAAAGAAAUUAAUUCCAGAAAAAAACUAAUUAAUAAAAUUAAUUAAGAGUAAAAAUGAGGAGGGCGAUAAUUAGCGCCACCAGAAGUGGUGGCUCAAGGCGUUUUGUUGCAUCUCAGGCGACGGCAAAAGCUGACGUCACCUCGCCGGAAAAUGACGUCAUCUCGACUCCUAAGAUGCCGGCUUUCGAAUACUCUCCGCCGCCGUAUACUGGGCCUUCGGCUACCGAGAUCCUUAACAAGCGCAAGGAGUUUCUUAGCCCUUCGAUGUUUACCUUUUUUAAUAAUCCUCUGAACGUGGUAGAUGGGAGGAAGCAAUAUCUGUAUGAUGAUAAAGGGAGAAGAUAUUUGGAUGCAUUUGGGGGGAUCGCUACUGUGUGCUGCGGUCAUUGCCACCCCGAUGUGGUCGAGGCCAUCGUCAAGCAAACGCAGCGUUUACAGCACUCAACUAUCUUGUACUUAAACCCUGCAGUUGCUGAUUUUGCUGAGGCUUUGGCCUCCAAAAUGCCUGGUGAUCUCAAAGUUGUGUUCUUCACAAACUCCGGAACGGAAGCAAAUGAGUUAGCCUUAAUGAUGGCAAGGCUGUACACUGGGUGCCAGGAUGUUAUCUCUAUAAGGAAUGCUUACCAUGGAAAUGCUGCUGGAACUAUGGGUGCAACUGCUCAGUGCAAUUGGAAGUUCAAUGUUACUCAGAACGGGGUACAUCAUGCCAUGAAUCCUGACCCUUAUAGAGGUCUGUUUGGAGCAGAUGGAGAGAUGUAUGCAAAAGAUGUUCAGGAUAUUAUCCAAUUUGGAACAUCUGGUCAUGUUGCGGGAUUCAUCUGUGAAGCCAUUCAGGGAGUUGGAGGAAUCAUAGAAUUGGCCCCUGGAUAUCUUUCUUCUGUGUAUGAUUUUGUAAAGAAAGCUGGAGGGCUUUUCAUAGCUGAUGAAGUUCAAGCUGGAUUUGCUCGCACUGGAAGCCACUUUUGGGGUUUUGAGGCUCAUGGAGUUGUCCCUGAUAUUGUGACCAUGGCAAAGGGUAUUGGGAAUGGCAUUCCCCUUGGUGCUGUAGUAACCACUCCGGAGAUCGCAAGUGUCUUAACUCGUCGAAGUUAUUUCAACACCUUUGGUGGAAAUCCUGUAUGCACUGCAGCAGGACAUGCUGUUCUCAGAGUGAUUGAAAAAGAAAAGCUUCAGGAAAAUGCUCACGUUGUGGGUACUCAUCUCAAAAAGCGACUCACCGCUCUGAUGGACAAAUUUGAUUUAAUUGGUGAUGUGAGGGGAAGAGGAUUGAUGCUGGGGGUAGAACUUGUUACAGAUCGCGAAAAGAAAACUCCGGCAAAGGCUGAGAUCCUUCAUGUGAUGGACCAAAUGAAAGAAAUGGGAGUAUUGGUCGGAAAGGGAGGAUUUUAUGGCAAUGUGUUCCGAAUCACACCUCCCCUCUGCUUCACCAAAGAGGACGCUGAUUUCCUCGUGGACGUGAUGGAUUGUGUAAUGGCGAAGAUGUGAGGCCAUCUAAUUGUAAGAUGUGAAAAUGUGAUCCUGUCAGUAUCAUAUGUUCAUGUUGUAAUUAUUCAUCGUAAUUGAUAAAAAGUGUUGUAUCUAUUGCUCGCUUGUUCAUUAGUUUUAUAGCAUCCAUUUAGUCAUGGAAUUCUCUCCUUUGGUGAACUGGAAAUCAUAUUGACAAUGAUGAGUCAACAUCUCGUUGCCUCUGUAUGUUACUGAACAAAAAGUUGCUUUCUUUGUUAUUCAUCACUAUUCAUAUU